AUGGCGGAUUUGUUUAAACAAGGGAGGUCUCUGGCAGAGACUCCAACAUAUUUGGUUGCUACAGUGGUGACAGUUAUGGUCUUUGUGUGCUUGUUAGUGGAGAGAUCAAUCUACAGAUUUGGAAAGUGGUUGAAGAAGACUAGGAGGAAGGCUCUUUAUGCUUCUUUGGAGAAGAUUAAGGAAGAGAUGAUGCUGCUUGGGCUUCUAUCUUUGUUGUUGGCACAAUCUGCAAGGUGGAUCUCUGAGAUUUGCGUAAAUUCAUCUCUUUUCAGUAGUAGGUUCUAUCUUUGUUCCGAGGAAGAUUACAGAAUGAAGGAGAACAUUAUGAUUAAAAGUUCUUUCUCUUCUACCAAUGUUACUGAUAUUCCUCCAAAAGGUCUUUCAACAAAUCAAUGUGGGGAGGGUCGUGAACCAUUUGUGUCAUAUGAGGGUCUUGAGCAGCUUCACCGAUUCUUAUUUGUUCUUGGGAUCACUCAUGUUCUGUAUAGUUGUGUGGCAGUUGGUCUAGCUAUGAGCAAGAUUUACAGUUGGAGGAAAUGGGAAAUUCAGGCUAGCUUACUGGCUGAAGAGAAUUUGAGAGCAAAGAAACCCAAGGUGAUGAGGCGACAGUCCACCUUUAUUUUCCAUCACACUUCUCAUCCUUGGAGCAGGAGUCGGGUUCUCAUUUGGAUGCUCUGCUUUCUACAUCAAUUCAGGAGUUCAAUAAAGAAACCAGAUUACUUGGCACUGCGUUUGGGUUUUGUCACUAAACACAAACUUCCACAUUCUUAUGAUUUCCAUAAAUAUAUGGUUCGGAGCAUGGAAGAUGAAUUUCAAGGAAUUCUGGGGAUUAGCUGGCCGCUUUGGGUAUAUGCCAUAGUAUGCAUCUUCAUAAAUAUUCAUGGUCUGAAUAUAUAUUUCUGGCUUUCUUUCAUCCCUGCCAUUCUUGUCAUGCUGGUUGGAACAAAACUUCAACAUGUUGUCUCCUCUUUAGCACUUGAAAUUGGUAAACAAACAGGUCCAUCUUUUGGGGGUCAAGUAAAGCCACGUGAUGAUCUAUUUUGGUUUGGGAAACCAGAGAUAUUAUUAUGGUUGAUACAAUUCAUCAUAUUUCAGAAUGCCUUUGAGAUGGCAACAUUUAUCUGGUCCUGGUGGGGCUUCAAACAGAGAUCAUGCUUCAUGAAAAACCGUUGGAUGAUAGUCAUUCGGCUGGCUUCUGGUCUUCUUGUCCAGUUCUGGUGUAGCUAUAGUACAGUGCCUCUCAAUGUAAUUGUUACCCAGAUGGGAUCUCGGUUUAAGAAAGCCGUGGUUUCCGAGAGUGUCAGAGAGUCACUCCAUAGUUGGUGUAAAAGAGUGAAGGAAAGGUCUAAAUUACGCGAUUCUUUGCACUCACAUACCACAAGAUCAGUAUGUUCACUUGAUACAACAAUUGAUGAGAGAGAUGAAAUAACAGUUGCAUCCGGUACUUUAUCUCGAAGCUCUUCCAUAGGCUCACUCAAUCAUGUAACUGUGGCAUCAGAUGAACUUGUCAAACCCGUGCUUGAGACUUCUGACAUACCUGGAGAAAUCUCAUUACGGGUGGAAGAGUUUUUAUCAGACUCUAUAAGGCUAAGUGAAUCACACCCUCCCACCUAUGAUGAAGAAGACAAUGCAAACAGUGGAGAGGAAAGUAAGGUGGAUACUCUUUUUGAGUUGUUUCAGAAGACAUGAAGGUGUUUAUCCACCUAGAAUUAAAUCACUCUUUGACUGCAUUGUAGUUCAAGCUAUCAUUCUGAGCCAGAAAAAUGGAAGUUAAUCUCAUUAGUGUUGACCAGAGUAAAGGUAUGUUUGGAACAGAAGGAGAGGCGAAUAGAGGGAAAGGUAAUCAGAAUAUACUAAAAUGUAACACGGAAGACAUAUCCAUUUGUCUGAUGCAUAUAUACAAUUGCAAUAUGAGCCAUUUUUUCUCUAUUUUCAUUGCAAAUUCAGUUUUGUAGAUUUGUAGCUUACAUUGUCGAUUUGGAAUAUUAAUUCAAACAAACUGCA